UGAGCGCAGAGUUACAUUACAGCGAAACGUUGUAUAGGUUCCCCGGCUUGUGUGCAGGUGUAAUACAUUAGAAAUCUAAUAAUCGAGGUAGAAAACUCACAAUGAAAAUGCAGAAGCCGUUGAUUAAUUUUGCUUUCCCCGCUGUUCUGUUUUCUCUUCUGGUUGCAUGUGUCGAUGUAGCCGCCGAGGAAGGACUUUCGAAAGGGUUUGGCGAUCACAUUCACUGGAGGACUUUUGAAGAUGGAAAAAAGGAGGCAGAAGCCAGUGGUUUGCCGUUGAUGGUUAUCAUCCACAAGUCCUGGUGUGGAGCCUGUAAAGCCCUCAAGCCGAAGUUUGCGGAGUCUCAGGAAAUCUCAGAACUGGCCCACAACUUUAUCAUGAUAAACAUAGAGGAUGAAGAGGAGCCCAAAGACCAAGGCUUCAGUCCUGAUGGGGGCUACAUUCCUAGAAUUCUCUUCCUAGAUCCCACUGGUAAAGUGCACCCUGAGAUCACCAACAAGAAUGGAAACCCCAAUUACAAGUACUUCUACAGCAAUGCAGAUCAAGUUGUGUCAGGGAUGAAGGAAGCCCAGGAGAAACUGACAGGAGAUGCCUUCAAGCAGUCGCACAUGGCUGACGAGCUCUAAACCUGAGCCCCGGACCACACCGAACAGAGGCGACGCUGCAGACACCAGAAACCACAGCUCACUCUCCCACCCCCACAAGACGCUGAACUCCCUCCUGUGGCGAUUCGGAAUGUAAUUCAAACCCAGGACACAUCAACCGACCGACAGACAGGGAAUAAUGGUGUAAAAACAACCAGUAAUAUGAUUCUGUUUAUAGCACACUGGCAAAUGUAUAUCAAGUGUUCCUACAGGAAAUGUGGUAUAUAAAUCACCACCAGACUACAACACCACCACACUUGUGUUUGUUUGGCAAAGCCAAAAGUGAACUAUUUGUAUAUUGGGUUUAAGGUUUGCUCCGUAUUUUACACAGGGCUUCAAUAGGUUCCUAACUCCACAUACAGUUUAGAUUUAAUUUGCUGGACUUCCUGCUAGAGGUCCUAUUGUAACUUGCCACAGCUCAGGGCCCACCCCCCAUGUUUACCCAGCGAAAAGCAUCUAGAUCCACACCAGGGGGCAGCCUGUAUGUUUCCUUGCCUGCAUUGAUAUUUUUCAGACAACUGCUUUCUACAACUGUUAUUCCUCUUUCUGGCUUCAUUCUUAUUAGUGAGUGUUUUAAACUGAUGGAAAUAGGCUAACAAGAUGCUCGGAUACAUUGUGAAAAGUGUUGAAUUUAAAUCAAGGGGUAAUGUUAAAACUGUACAA